GGGGCCUGUUGCCAUGGUUACGCCUAAACCAAAAGUAGUGAUUUCUUUACAGGCGGACCGUCUUUGAUAAAAGCGUCCUCUGUCCCGGUUUCGAGCGCUUUCAAUGGCGUUCUUCGGUUUAAUACACCUGGGUUAUCAAAACCCAAUAGGCGACAAAAUGAUAGUGAAUCCCAGAAGAGCGUCUCAUCCUCAGGCUGGUGAGGUUAACAACAGAGAGCUGCCUCCAUCUCAAGAACAACAGGGAGCCCUCAGUUGUACAAACAAAUGCAGCGUUGACCACCAGCCACUUCCAGACAGCACUGCCAUACACCAUGGGAGCCAUGAGCAAUACAAAGAGAUGGUCAAACGGGUUAAAACGCCCAAAUCCCCGAACCAGCUGUACAAAAUGCCUCUGACGGACAGUCAGCAAUAUGGAUGGAUGAUGUCCAAGAGUCCUGAGCCAUGGACUCAGGUCAAACGCUUUCCCCGAAAGAACAGUGAGAUGACAAAGUUUGUUCAAGAAAUGUCAAUGGCUGACUGGUAGGUCAUCGUGUUCUGACAGCCUUCUCAAUCCCCCCCCCGUUAUGAUACAUUUCUGUAAUUAAACUGUUGAUUCUUUAACCAAUGA